AAAACAGCUAACUUAAAGUUGUCUUUUCUCUCAGGGUUAUCUUUGGGAGGUUUUAAACCACCGUCAACGGGCGGCCUAACACUUUCAGGAACUCCCUCCAGCACACCUCUAUUAUCCAGCCUUGUUGCAGGCACUGCUACCACUUCUGCCCCAGUAGCUCUUGCUGGAAAUACACAAACUACACAGCCAACAGGGGGACUACAACUUAGCAAACCUACACAGCCCUUAGGAGGUAUUCAACUCGGCACAGUCACCCAACCUACUGUCGGACUUGGUAUUGGGAACUCAACUACUAGUUCUAGUGGGUUUUCUCUUGGUAAUGUGACGUCAACUCCAGCAAGAGCUACUUCAGUCUCAAGUACAGCUACAUCUGGGUUCACUAUACCUGCUGCUGUAGGCUUAAGUACAACUACAUCUGGAACUUCUGGAUUUGCUGUACCAGGGGCUACUGCAGGUAGAAGUACAACUACAUCUGGAACUUCUGGAUUCACUCUAUCAGGAGUAAAUACUACUUUUGGUGCAAUUGGAGCAAGCAAGUCUACAACAAGUUCCACUACAGCAACAUCCACAACAGCAACAGCCUCAAGUACUGGUGCUACUUGUACUGUACCUCAGCUUACCUAUAAACAACUGGAGGAGCAGAUAAAUAAGAGGUAUGGUCUUGCAAAAGAUAUUGAUGGACAAUUAAAGCAAAUGGUUGGGGAUCUCAAGGCCAUUAUUGAUCAUUUAAAUGCUGCAGGAACCACACAACAAGAAAAUAAUGACCCGAUUGUACAAGUAGCAAAGAUCUUGAAUGCACAUAUGAACUCAUUACAAUGGAUAGACCAAAAUGCAGCGCUUUUACAAAGAAAAGUGGAUGAAGUCUCAAGCAUGAGUGAAAUACGACGGAAAGAACAAGAACGCAACUUUCGCCUGGCCUUUGACUGAUAAUAUAAGUGUAAAGAUUUGAACUUACCUUUGUCCUUCUGUAGCAUAACUGAUCAUUGUACAUGUACUAAGAGGUCACAUGACCUGGUGUAUAUAACAUUUAUCAAGGACUUACCAAAGUUCCAGAYGCCUGGCUUGCAUUCUAAAUUUUAUGGGAAUUUUGUUCGCCAGUGUACUGCUAGUCAAAUACAAAGUUGUUUAUAGUCAAUUGUUCUAGUUUAGAUCAACAAGGUUGCACCUCAUUGAAAUAGURAAAUUGUUUUAUAUUCCCAA